AUGCCGAGCAGCAGCGAAACAAACAACACGGUGGAAUACACCGCGCCGCUACUCGGCGCACGGGCUGCCACCGACCACGGUGUCAUGCGCCUGCGGUUUGAGGGUGACAGCAUGCUUUUCAUCCAGCAGGUGCGUGGCAUCUUCGCCACGCGUAAGAAGAGUCUCCGGCAACUGCGGGUCGCGGUCAAGGCUAAGCUGGCGAGGGCGGAGUGGGCCACGCUCCAUCCCAUCGACAGACAGGCAAACGGUCAUACCGACCGCCUUACCAACGCCGCCCUUGACCGCCGACGUACCGAGCGGGAGUGUGGGUCGCAUACUGUUGUACAGGGAUGCACCUCCACCUCCACGACGGCCCGUGCACCCGCAGAUGCUCCUCCGCCUGCCACACCGCAUGUCGCGGUGGGCACCUAUGUCCCCUUCAGCCGCGCCGUUGAUGAUGACAUGGGGUACAUCGACGAUGGCGAGGUGUUGGACGGGGACGAGCACGAGGCUGCUUUCAAGUUGGUGCAGCGGCUGGCUGCGAAGCUAGCUGCCAAGAUAACGGACGCUGCUGACUAA